AUGGGAAUGAUGGCGAUGGUGAUGGUGAUGGUGCUGGUGAUGGUGAUGGUGAUGGUGAUUGAUGACGAUGACGAUGACGAUGACGACGAUGACGACGAUGAUGAUGAUUAUGAUGAGAAUCAGCUGAUUCUGAUUCUGAUUCUGAUGUUGAUGUUGAUGUUGAUGUUUGUGUCUGCGGGCCAGCUGCCUGGGACGCCCAUCCGGCGGGGGCGGCCGACCUGGGACGACAGGCAUCACCUCUUGUAUUCCACCGUGAACGAUCGGAUGCAGCGGAACGUGCGGUGCUACUUUGAUCGACCUCGGGACAUCGACGCCUAUGGUACGCGCUAUGACAAGCCCCUCAGGACGGGCGCGGGUGCGGAUUAA